GGGGGGCGACGUAAGGGUGCUUCGCGAGCCAGUCUCUUCUCGAAUGAAAGGAAACAACCUCCGGCGACAGAGCCCCGCUCUCAGGCGCUGCCGGAGAAUCGAGACCGACUUCUUUCUCUUUCCCCUCAUUGGCGCUUCUCUGUGCCCUCCGCCUCUGGGCCCGGCUGCAUUUCUUGAGACUUAAAGUGGCAUUCUAAAGGCAAUUUAAAAAUCAUGUCAAGCUCAAUUGAACAGAAAAAAGGGCCUACAAGACAGCGCAAAUGUGGCUUUUGUAAGUCAAAUAGAGACAAGGAAUGUGGACAGUUGCUAAUAUCAGAAAACCAGAAGGUGGCAGCACACCAUAAAUGCAUGCUCUUUUCAUCUGCUUUGGUAUCGUCACACUCUGAUAAUGAGAGUCUUGGUGGAUUUUCUAUUGAAGAUGUCCAAAAGGAAAUUAAAAGAGGCACGAAGCUGAUGUGUUCUUUGUGCCACUGCCCUGGAGCAACAAUUGGUUGUGAUGUGAAAACAUGCCACAGGACUUACCACUACCACUGUGCAUUGCACGAUAAAGCUCAAAUACGAGAGAAACCUUCACAAGGAAUUUACAUGGUUUAUUGUCGAAAACACAAGAAAACUGCACAUAAUUCGGAAGCAGCUGAUUUAGAAGAAAGUUUUAAUGAACAUGAACUGGAGCCCUCAUCCCCCAAAAGUAAAAAGAAAAGUCGCAAAGGAAGACCCAGAAAAACUAAUUUUAAGGGACUGUCUGAAGACACCAGGUCCACAUCCUCCCAUGGAACAGAUGAAAUGGAAAGUAGUUCCUAUAGAGAUAGGUCUCCGCACAGAAGCAGCCCCAGUGACAUCAGGCCUAAAUGUGGAUUUUGUCAUGUAGGGGAGGAAGAAAAUGAAGCAAGAGGAAAACUGCAUAUAUUUAAUGCCAAGAAGGCAGCUGCACAUUAUAAGUGUAUGUUGUUUUCUUCUGGCACAGUCCAGCUCACGACAACAUCAAGAGCAGAAUUUGGAGAUUUUGAUAUUAAAACUGUACUUCAGGAGAUUAAGCGGGGGAAAAGAAUGAAAUGUACACUUUGCAGUCAGCCUGGUGCUACUAUUGGAUGUGAAAUAAAAGCCUGUGUGAAGACCUACCAUUACCACUGUGGAGUACAAGACAAAGCUAAAUACAUUGAAAAUAUGUCACGAGGAAUUUACAAACUAUAUUGUAAAAACCAUAGUGGAAAUGAUGAGAGAGAUGAAGAAGAUGAGGAACGAGAGAGUAAAAGCCGAGGAAAAGUAGAACUUGAUCAGCAACAAACUCAGCAACAACUUAACGGAAACUAGGUCAUUUUUACAUUGCGUGCCAUAGAACUUACCCAUGGAGAAACAACUCCUUCGUUUUUGGACAACUACUGUAAUGAAUUUUUUUUAGGAAAAAUGGAAGGUGUCAGGGGUAAUCAUGGCCAGUCAAUAAUUAUAUAAUGGACUUCAAAUACUACAGCUGUCAGUUGAUGGAUUUGUUAUGUACUAAAAUAUAUGAUUUUGUAUGGGUUUCUUCAGCUCUUUCCCUGCCACUAGCAACCAGAAUAGCACUUUACCUUUUGGUUGGCUAGAUAAGUGGCUGACUACCUGUUUUUUUCACUGUGGUGUGAUUGGCUGAAUAAUCUUUCAUUAAUUGAAAUAUAAAUUAAAGUCACAUGAAAAAUCACCUUUGGUUGUAAACCUACAAUAUUUUGAUUGUCCAUGUUUUCAUCACAUGCUGAGUAAAAGUGCCUUACAAUGUAAAAAUUGUACAGUACUUAUGUUCCCAAGUAGCAUCAUCAUCUUCUGGGUAGUAAUUACAUUGUGGUAUUAAUAUUUAGAGAAAUGGACCUCAGCAGUGUAUUUACUGUACAUCUCUUUAAGUCCUUAACUGUAGUUUUAAUAAGCAUGACAUUAUUUGAUAAGUAUAUGACAUUUACAUCAUUUCCAAAAAAUACUGCCAUUACUGUCUUUUAUGCAUAUUUUAGCCUAAAAUUUUGAAGCGUCUUUUCUUUCCUUUAUCUUUUUUGUUUUGUUUUUUUGUUGUUAUUGAUAUUAAACAGUGUAAUCUUUGCAAGCAUAUAUUGAAGAUUAUUCUGGAGCAUUUAUUGCCUUACCAGAAAUGUUAGUAAGAAAUGUUCUUUAGAGUAGAAAGAUAGACUUGAGUUUCUAUACUUUAAUAAGAGCUCCUUGUUCCUGGGGGGAGGGGGGAUUUUUACAUUCAUCUCAAUUUAUUAAAAACCCAGAACUGAAAUGAAUUUUAUUUCAAGGAUCAGCAAUUUUAGAAUUUCAGAUAGUACUUGCUCAGAAGUACAUGCUACUCAAGAUAUUAAGAGAAUAGCAAGAUUUGUCGAUCUGCUAAUGAAUCAGAAUCUAUGUACUUGAAAAAAAUGUGUGAAUCUCAAAUAUCUCAAAGCAAAUGAAAAAGUGUUCAAGAGUGUUGUUGCUUUUUUAAAAAGCACUGAGGUUAGACCAAGGUGUAGUUUGUUUUAACAGACAUUUAGAUUAAUUGUAAAAAUAAGGAAUGCAUCAUGGGUCAAAAAUCAAACAUUCCUCUCAUGUUAUGUAUAUUUUGUUCUUGUUAUAUUGGCUUUAUUUUCAAAAUUGUAGUU